AUGAACUGGGGAAUCAUUCUGACUGUGUUUGUGCUACUGGACUUUCUUCAAAUGGCAGUUCCCCACUGCAUGGUCCAUCAGAUUCCUCCCAGGAACUUUACAUUACCCUGUAUGCUGCUGAAUGAGACUUUUUUGGGUCCUUUCUCUGCUGGAGUUGCAGAGAGCUGGUCUGGCUGGAGGAGAGCAUCUGAAAUGAAGCCUCCCUUGCUAAGGAAUGAAGAGAAUUUUCUGUGUUGCAUUUGGAGUGAUCACAACCUUGAUUGUUCUUUGUACAGAGCAAGCAUGCAAGCAAGGAAGUUUAUUCCUUCAGAAAUGAGUAUCAAUGCUUCUCAGGAAAUAGAUUCCAGUUGGAACAUUGAGUGUUGGAUAAAGGGCAGGCUGGACCUGUUGGUUUGUAGCCUGCAGGGUUUGAAGUUGCACUUGAGAAACAACUUGAAGGUUGAUCUUUAUUAUGCUGUAUCAGAGCUGCCUCUGGGAGAUGUAACUACAAGCUCCCUGGAGGGGACUGUCCUGGUUGCUCAGUGUGAGUGCAGGGAGGAUGAGGGAUGUGAGUGCUGGGUGCCUGCUCUGAGCCUCAACUGCACCUACAUCAUGUGGCUGAAGAGGACAAUUGGGGUGAUACCUCUGUGGUCACCUCUGAUGUCAGUCAAGCCCAUAGACAUAGUAAAGCCUGAACCUCCUUUGAACCUGCAUCUAGAAAUGACAGAGAGAGGUCAAGUGAAGGUCUGCUGGUCCAACCCUUUGCUGGUGCCAUAUCCCCUGCAGUAUGAAGUGAAGAUCUCUGCCAGUUCAGGUCCAAGUGGCUGGCAGAUGGUUCAGGUUGCUCUGGAGACCUCACUGGCCAUAGAGAAUCCCCUGCUUGGUUCCUCACGCUGGGUUCAAGUGCGGUGCAGGAGCCGUGAUGGUGCAGGGUUCUGGAGUGACUGGAGCACAGCAUAUGACCUCAGUGAGGCAGCUGGAGUCCUGUACUUCCCUCCUAAGAUACUGACCAGUGUUGGCUCCAAUGUUUCCUUUCAUUGUAUCUAUAAAAACAAAACCAAGCUCGUGGCAUCCCAGAAGAUUGUUUGGUGGCUGAAUUUAGCAGAAGAAAUCCCAGAAAGUCAGUAUACCCUUGUGAAUGACCGUGUAAGCAAAGUUACUCUUUCCAACCUGAAAGCAACAAAACCUAGAGGAAGUUUCUUCUAUCACGCCUUGUACUGUUGCCAUCAAAACAGAGAGUGUCACCAUAGAUAUGCUGAAUUAUAUGUAGUAGAUAUGGAUAUUAACAUCACGUGUGAAACAGAUGGGUACUUAACUAAGAUGACUUGCAGGUGGUCUGCAAACCCAACCACUGUGCUCCUGGGGACUUCCUUGCAGCUAAGAUACUACAGGAGCAGAAUUUAUUGUGCUGAUUUUCCGAGCACUUCUCCAAACUCAGAGGUGAAAGAAUGCCAUUUGCAGAAGAACCAUUCCUAUGAGUGCACGUUUCAGCCUUUUUUUCUCUUAUCUGGAUAUACCAUGUGGAUAGAGUUUAAGCACUUCCUAGGAACACUUGAGUCCUCACCAACUUGUGUGGUUCCAGCAGACGUGGUAAAGCCUCUUCCUCCCUCCGACGUCGAAGCCGAAAUCACCAGGAACGUUGGGCUGCUCAACGUGAGCUGGACAAACCCAGUAUUUACAAACAAUGAGCUUACAUUCCAGAUCCGGUAUGCUGUGAACAGGGGAGAAAUUGCAUGGGAGGUUUAUGAAGUUUCAAAUGCACCAAGAUCAGCCGUGAUAAAGGUUCAGAAGCUUUGCGUUCAGUACGUUGUUCAGGUGCGGUGCAGGGAGCUGGAUGGGUCGGGUUACUGGAGCAACUGGAGCAGAGCAGCCUACACCCUUGUAAGAGAUAUCAAAGCUCCCUUACGUGGUCCUGACUUCUGGAGAAUCAUCACUGAAGAUCCAGCAAGGGGGCAGAAGAACGUUACACUCCUGUGGAAGCCGCUGGUGGAGAAUCACUCGCUGUGCAGCGUGAGCCGAUACGUUGUCAGGCAUCAGACAGCAGCAAACACCUCCUGGUCAGAGGAUGUUGAGAAUGGCACGACCUGCUCCUUCCCAUGGACUGAACACACACACACCAUUACAGUUUUAGCCGUGAAUUCCAUUGGAGUUUCUUCCAUGAAUGAUAACUUAACUCUGUCACAGCAAAUGAGCACAGUGGAUGCUGUGCAGUCUCUUCAUGCCUACCCCGUGAACAGCACCUGUGUGGUUUUGAUGUGGGCACUUUCACCUCAGAUGUAUGUGAUAACAUCUUUUAUCAUUGAGUGGAAGAACCUUAACAAAGAAGAGGAGAUGAAAUGGGUGCGAGUUCCUCCGAAUAUUAGGAAAUAUUAUAUUUAUGAUCACUUUAUUCUGAUUGAGAAGUACCAGUUCAGCCUGUACCCUGUGUUUGCUGGGGGAGUUGGCAAGUCCAGAGCGACGGAUCAGUUUGCCAAAGGUGGAUAUGAAAGUGGGAAUAAUGCCAACAUCUAUAUGGUUCUGCCAAUAGUUAUUUCAACCUCAGUUUUGCUGCUGGGAGCAUUGCUGGUUUCACACCAAAGAAUGAAGAGGCUGGUGUGGGAAGAUGUUCCAAACCCAAAGAACUGCUCCUGGGCCCAAGGUGUUAAUUUCCAGAAGCCUGAAACUUUUGAGCAUCUCUUGAUCAAGCACCCUGAAGCCAUGUCGUUUGAGCCUCUCCUUCUGGAACCAGAAAUAGUGCUGGAAGACAUCAGUGUCACUGAAGUGUUGAGAAAAGAAGACACAGCAGACUUUUUGGCAGUGGAUUCCAUGUUUGCAAAACCCCAGGACUCGGAGCGUGACUCCGCUUGCUCCAGCAGCCAUUUCAACUGCAGCAGCUUCUCAGAGUUCUCCCAGGAUGAUGGAACCAGUGGAGACAUCUCCAGGCAGACAGAUAUUAAAUAUGCUGCUGUUAUCAGUCACUCUGGAUCCAGUGGGCUUUGUGAACAGCAGAUGAACCCAAGGAGUUGUUUUGAUAGAUGCCUCUUGGCUGAAGAUUCCUUGGGUCCAGGCACCUUCUCGAGUAGCUCCUGGGAGGUGGGAAAUGGGACAUUCCUGGUGCUGCCUGAUCCUCCUGGCAGGCAGCCCAGCAAGACUCCUUCCCUUGUUUCUUCAGAGGGAUUUUCAGAGCCUUCAGAUCAGGGUGACACUUUCCCAGGGGACAGUCCUGAGAGGAGCCUGUACUACCUCGGGAUAACAUCCCUGGCAAAAAGAGAGAGUGACAUUUUCUGGACAGACAGCUCCAGGGGGCUGUGUCAGCUCCACACAGCCCAUCUGCUGGCAGAGGGGGGUACUCUCCAGCACUCCCCACCUCAUUUAAACACCUUCCUCCAAAGGAGCCUGCAGUAUAAAGCUGUGGUGCCCUACGUGCCACAGUUUCAGAUGGCUGCUGCCAAGGGGCAGGAGACCACAGAGAAAGCCUCAGAAGUCAUGGCUCCAUAA